AUGCAAAAAUGGAAGGAGGCAUGGAGUAGCCCGAGUUUAAAGCCAAGAGCCAUCGAUUCCUUUGCUAACAUUUGUAGUGAGAUAGGGGAGUUGGGGCGAGCAUCUCUAGACACACAGGGGGAAGCCAAGCUUGGCCGAAGACCUUUUCCUUAUGAACUUUUCCAUAAGACCCACACUAGGAAAGGCACCUCCGAUAUGGUUGAUUCACGAGCGCAAUCAAUUAAGGAUGCAUUUUUGGCGCUUAAGGAGCAGUCGUCUCAACCACAAGAGGGGUGCAGUGACCCUCCUAUUGUAGAUGAGGUCGCACUAUAUUAUCAAGUUGUGGGGGGGGAGAAGAAGAACAGGGUUUAUGGCAUUGGAUCUCAAGCAUCAAUUUUUUACCCUAGCUCAUCACAUGGAUCAUCUUCUACUGCAUCCUAUUGCGCUCAGUCGGAGGCAAUGGAGGAAGAGAUUCAACAAUUAGCAUCAAACUAUUGCAACGCUCAAGGAUAG